AUGGGAAACUCGCAACCACCCGUGGAUCCACUCUUUUCAAAAACAUCCUUUCAUGGGGAAUACAAGACAUCAUUUCUGCCCGAUGAUAUGAUCAUUCAUAUUCUACAAUAUUUGGACAGUACAUUAAUUGCAUCAAAUAUCAUGCUUGUUUCAAAACAAUGGUUUCAAUGUGCUCGGAGAGAGGUAUUCACGUGUUUGCAAUGGACCGACUCUUCUUUAUGGAAAAUACAAACUCAUGAGAUAUCGAGACCUGGAAAGCAAUUUAAAGCGGCGGUGUUUUGUAGAUGCUUUUUUUGGAAAAAAUUAAAUCUUUCAAGUAGUUACAUUUCCGAUGUAGGAGCUGAAUGGAUAUCAUUGAGCCCACAGAUGGAGUUUUUAACAGAGAUGAAUAUUAAUGACACAGGUCUGACUUUUAGAGGCGUGGAGCUUAUUGCGAAUAGUCCAUUGAUGAAAAAUUUAACAAUUUUGAACAUUUCGCAAAAUACGAUCGGAGAUGAGGGAGUAUAUGUGAUUGCAAAUAGCAAAUAUAUGAGCAAUGUGACAGAGUUGAACUUGAGCGAUAUUGAUAUCACAAAUGCAUGUUUAAAUGAUUUAAAGAAGAGUAAAUUCUUGAAGAAAUUGCGAUCCCUAGAUUUAAGUCAAAAUCGUCAGAUUGGAAAUGAUGGUAUGACGUUGCUAAUCACGAAUCAAAAUUUAAGUCAUUUGACAUACUUGAACUUGUCACAAUGUACACUAACAGAAGCAGGAGCAAUUACAUUAACUGCAAAUAACUCAUCACUUGCCAAUUUAACAGAGCUUAAUUUGAGUUUUAACUCAAUUGGACAUGAUGGAGUAUUGGCACUCACCCAUUGUACCGUUUUGAACAAUUUGAAAAUAUUAGAUUUAGGAAACACUGAAAUUCGACAAGAGACUGCAACCCUCAUUAUUCAAUCAACUUUAUUUUCACAUUUAGAAAAGUUGCAUCUCUACGGAAAUAACUUGAAUACGGUUCAAUUAACAUCCAUUGCCAAAACAAAGAACAGUGUGAUCAGUUUUACUGUCAUCAAUCCAAAGAAGAGGAUGCUGGUGACACUGGAAAUGCUUGUCGAUCAAACAGAGCAACUGAUGAAGCUUAGUCAUCAGUUUCAUCAUUUUGAUGGCGAAAAGUAA